GGGGCUGCGCUCUGGUGGCGGCGGUUUCUGCGCUGGUGAUUCAGUCUCUUCCCGGCCGGAGCGGCGGGACCUACGGCGGCGUCAUGGUCGAGGAGGUGCAGAAACAUUCUGUGCACACACUUGUGUUCAGGUCAUUGAAGAGGACCCAUGACAUGUUUGUAGCAGAUAAUGGAAAACCCGUGCCUUUGGACGAAGAAAGUCACAAGCGAAAAAUGGCAAUCAAGCUGCAUAAUGAGUAUGGUCCUGUGUUGCAUAUGCCUACUUCAAAAGAAAAUUUCAAAGAAAAAGGGCUUCAGAAUGCAACAGAUUCAUAUGGUCAUAAACAGUAUCCUGCUAAUCAAGCACAAGAAGUUGAAUAUUUGGUGACGGGAACACAUCCUUAUCCACCAGGACCUGGCGUAGCUUUGACAGCGGAUACUAAGAUUCAGAGAAUGCCAAGUGAGUCAGCUGCACAGUCUUUAGCUGUGGCCUUACCAUCUUCUCAGGCUAGGGUUGAUGCAAAUCGAAAUACACCUGCUGGAAGUGAGUAUCGGCUUCCUGGGGCUUCUGACAGAGCACAACCUGCUGGGAUGACUACAGUUAUGGAGACUGGCAAUGCCAAGAACUCUGCACUGAUGGCAAAAAAAGCUCCUACGAUGCCCAAACCCCAGUGGCACCCACCAUGGAAACUGUACAGGGUAAUCAGUGGGCAUCUGGGUUGGGUACGAUGUAUUGCUGUGGAGCCUGGAAAUCAGUGGUUUGUUACUGGAUCUGCAGACAGAACCAUAAAGAUUUGGGACUUGGCCAGUGGCAAGUUGAAAUUGUCCUUGACUGGGCACAUUAGUACUGUUCGUGGGGUAAUAGUCAGCACACGGAGCCCAUACCUGUUCUCCUGUGGAGAAGACAAGCAGGUCAAGUGCUGGGACCUGGAGUAUAACAAGGUUAUAAGACAUUAUCACGGACAUCUCAGCGCAGUGUAUGGUUUGGACUUGCACCCAACCAUUGAUGUUCUCGUAACCUGCAGUAGGGAUUCCACUGCACGGAUUUGGGAUGUGAGAACUAAAGCCAGUGUUCACACAUUGUCUGGACACACAAAUGCAGUUGCUACAGUGAGGUGUCAAGCUGCAGAGCCACAAAUUAUCACUGGAAGCCAUGACACUACAAUACGGUUAUGGGAUUUGGUAGCUGGAAAAACAAGAGUCACAUUAACAAACCACAAAAAAUCAGUCAGGGCUGUGGUUUUACAUCCAAGACAUUACACAUUUGCAUCUGGUUCUCCGGAUAACAUAAAGCAGUGGAAAUUCCCUGAUGGAAGUUUCAUUCAAAAUCUUUCUGGUCAUAAUGCUAUUAUUAACACUUUGACAGUAAAUUCUGAUGGAGUGUUAGUUUCUGGAGCGGACAAUGGCACAAUGCAUCUUUGGGACUGGAGAACUGGCUACAAUUUCCAGAGAGUUCACGCAGCUGUGCAGCCUGGCUCUUUGGACAGUGAAUCAGGAAUAUUUGCCUGUGCUUUUGAUCAGUCUGAAAGUCGGUUACUAACAGCUGAAGCUGAUAAAACCAUCAAAGUGUACAGAGAGGAUGAUACCGCAACAGAAGAAACUCACCCAGUCAGCUGGAAGCCAGAAAUUAUCAAGAGAAAGAGAUUUUAAUUUGAUGUUGUUUUCUUGGUGGUUCCAGUUUUUGUUUUUGUUUUGUUUUGUUUUUCUUAGCUUGGAAUUGAAGAGCUAUUCAGUCAGUUUUGUGUUCUGGCUAGGAAUAUAAAGCAGAAAUGUAUAUGCUUGAAUCAUUGCUGUUUUACAAUAAACUAUCCCUCCCCA